AUGGAUCGGCUGCGUCCUAGACAGAGAGAGGUUUUCACUGGCUUUACUGCAAAUGAGAUUGAGAAAAUGGAGACAUUACUCAAGGAAUGUGGAGAACAGUCUUUGGAGCAGGAAUUUUGUAAAAAACUUGCAAAAAAUUUCAAUUGCUGUAAAGACCGUGCUGGAAAGCCGAGUGUGAAGUGGACUGAGGUGCAAAGUUGGUUCCAGAACAGGCAGAAAGAUUGUCCAUCCAAAAAUACUUCUCCUGGUGCCCUCAACAAAUUGUCAAUUGUACCAGAAGCUUGUCCUCCAGAAAAAGCAAAUGAAAAUUCUCAAAUGCCUAAAGGUGAAAAGACUCCAGAUCUAUCAGAAUUGGAAUUUGAGGCUAGGUCAUCAAAAGAUGGGGCAUGGUACGAUGUGGAUACAUUUCUGACCCACAGAUUUCUUAGUUCAGGUGAAGCUGAAGUUCGUGUAAGAUUUGCUGGCUUUGGGGCAGAGGAGGAUGAAUGGGUAAAUGUGAAAAAGGCAGUGCGCGAACGCUCUGUUGCUUUGGAGCAUUCUGAAUGCCAGAAAGUAAAAGUUGGAGAUCUCGUACUCUGCUUCCAGGAGAGGAGUGAUCAAGCAAGAUACUAUGAUGCUCGUGUCCUAGAAAUUCAAAGGAGAUUGCAUGAUAUAAGAGGCUGCAGGUGUCUUUUCUUGAUUCGAUAUGACCAUGAUGACAUUGAG